AUGAACUAAAAAACCAGCCUAUAAUAUUUUAUUAAUGAGGAAGUCCCUCACACAGACUUAUCGAAAUAACAAAUAAUCGACGAAAUACUAUCUUUAAAAUUAAUAAGAUACGUCGACUAGCCUCCUCGUAGUAAAUAAUCUGAUAAAUCCGGUGGUAAAAGUUGUUUAAAUAGCUAAAUGGUGACUACAAUAAGAUCAGUAGGUUAACACGUAAUAUAAGAAAUAGGUAAAAAAUUAUUAUCUGGUGAUUUAAAUUUAACUAAGGUUUCAUUUCCAAUAAAAUGUUCGGUUGCUUAAAGCGCAUUAGAAAGGGUAGCUAGAGGUACUUGUUUUUUUCCCAUAUAUUUAGGGAAAGCCGUAUAAAUAUUAAAUAAUGCAGAGAGACUUAAAUAUGUAAUAACAGCUACUAUAGCUAAUUUUUUUGUAAAUUGUACUUUCCUUAAACCACUAAAUCCUGUUUUGGGGGAGACUUUUUAGGCAUAUUAUAGAGAUGGGACUGCUGUUUAUUGUGAAUAAAUUAGCCAUCACCCCCCUAUAACUUAUUAUUUAUGUAUAGGAAAGGGUUUUAGGUGUUAUGGAUAUUAUGUGUACGAGACUAAGGCUGGAUUAAAUUCUUUGACUUUAAAAAAUAAAGGAGUUCGGACUGUGGAAUUUCUAGAUGAUAAAAAUAAUGUAAUAUAAAAAAUAAUUUAUAAUUUCGGAGAAGAAAAUUAUUCAGGAAUUUUUUUCGGGACAAUGAAAAUCGAAACAAAUGGUAUUUUAAUUUUCAAAGAUAUUAAAAACAAUAUUUUCGCAUAGAUAGAACUCGCGAAAGUGAAAAAUAAACCUUCUGAUUAUUUCCAAGGAAUAAUUUAAGAAAACAAUAUAACUAUAAGCAAUGUUUUUGGGUCAUAUAUGUCACAUAUAGAAUUUGAUGAAGUUAGAUAUUGGGAUUAUAGAUAGGGUCUACCUCUCAAAUUAUUACACGAAUAAAAACCAAUAAAAAGUGAUAGUUCUUUUAGGGAAGAUUUAUAGCUUUUGUCUAUGAAUGCUGUUAAUCAGGCAUAAAAAGCUAAAGAAUAAAUAGAAAAUAAUUAAAGAUAAGAUGCUAUUUUAAGAAAAAAUAAUUAAUAAAAUUAAGAAUUGGUUAAAUGA